GUCCUCCUCUCAUCGCUUUUGAGUAUUAUUAUUAUUUGAGUAUUAAGCAGCAUGUUCAUGUUGUAGCUGGUGGAGGUGAAGCUACUGUUAGCUGCUUUAUGUAUAUACAGUUGGGCAGUUUCAUCUGAUCACCUGUUUCUGACAUCUUAAUCUGAAAAGUAACUCCAGCGGUUAGAUACAUGUAGCAGAGUAAAAAGCACAAUGUUUCCCUCUGAAAUGCUGCGAAGUGCUUCUACUUCUCUAAAAAAGUUGCAGAAAGUUGACACUCAAAUGAAGUACAAGUACCUCCAAACUGUUCCUAAGUACAGUUCUUGAACACGUGUACACAGUUACAUCCCGCCACUGCAGCUGUGGUCGAUUUCUGAAUCACACUAACUGCUUAGUUUUUCUGCCCCUUAAGUUCUUCAGUCAUAUGUGAUUACCUGUAAAGGAAACUACUGACUGGUCCUUUAGUCCGGCUCCGGGGCUGGGCUGGGCUGGGCUGGCUGGGGGGGGUGCUGAGCCUGUCCUUCCUGGGGAAACUUGGAUAGUUGUCGACCUCUGGCGUCAAACUUUCUCCUCUUUGCAACUUGAACGCUGCUGCCACGUAGCUCCAACUUCCUGAAGGGCCAGAAGUUUUCCAGGAGCAUCUGCUGCUUACGGUGAGUCCGUUUCUCUUCCCCGGAUGUCUCACAGCCGAAAAUGUCGAAGGUCUCAGCGGAUUCCACAGUGUCUUCAGUGUCUUCGGAGCUCAUAACAAUGUUAGGAGCGAAGCGAUGGCGCAGACUGCUGCAUCUGAACGGGACACGGUCUGAGCAUCGACUCAAGUCUGCUGUCCACAACAGAAACUGUUAUUUGGAACUGUAAGCAGGCUACAGUGAGGGCUGUGAAGAAGACUUCCAGGCAAAGAGUCUAUUUUUCUUUGAAACGAAAUAAGAAAAGUGGUGAGAUAGACCCAGCGGCGGGAUGUAACGAAGUAUUUCCAGUUCACACUUCUACUCAGGAAUAUUGUACUUUCUGCUCCACUACAUCUGUCUGACAACAGUUACUGAUUACUUUGCAGAUUAAGAAUAUUCAUGCAAAACAUAUAAAAUAUGAUGCAUUGCUAUAUUAAUCUACCCCACAGUAUAUAAAAUAGUUAAGUAGUUCGCCCUUAAACCUGCCAUUAAAAUGCUGCAGUAAUAAUCAUAACGUGUCCAUUUUAUACCACUGUCAGGGUCCAUUCUGCUGCAUGAGUACUUUUACUUUUGAUACUUUAAGCACAUUUUGCUGAUAAUACUUCCUUACCUUUACUUGAGUAAAGGAUCUGCAUGUUUCUCCACCUCUGGAUAAACCAGCUUACACUCUCCACCACUUCACAGUAGGGGCUUAUAUUUGAGAACUGUACUAAUAUUUUCUGCAUUUAUAUAGAACACAUUGUGAACUUGUUUUACGUGUUAAAUAAAUGUUAAUAUUUUGAUGGACUUUAAAAGGACACAUAUCAGAGUAACUAUAUAAUUAGUUGACUGAUUAACAAUUAAAUCGACAACAAUUCUGAUAAUAGAUUAAUCAUUCAAGCAGUUUAUCAGGCACAUGUCACAUAGGUCUGGUUCAGUUUUUUCAAAUAUGAGAAUUUGAAAUCUGCUUUUCUCUCUUUUAUAUCACUGCAACUGAAUAUCUUUGAGCUUUAGACUGUUGGCUGGAAAAAACAAGCAAUCUGAAGACGUCACCUUGGGCUCUGGGAAACUGACAUUUUAUAGCCUGAAAGAUUAAAAAUAUAAAACAAUCGGCAGAUUAAUCUAUAAUGAAAAGAAUCAUUAGUUGCAGCCCUAAAGCGAAUAUAUCAUAGGAAUGUUAUUAGAAUGUGAUUAUUUUCAGUACGGAUGCUUUGAUUAUAGUAAUCGAUAUCAAUGUAAAUAAUCCUUUAACAGCAUCAGAAAACAUUAAUAGCUCAUAUUUAGUCGAUUUCUAUCUACGGUAUCUGUACUGAAGACCUGACAGCAGGAGUCAAUCCCGUUGUAUAAAAGUUGCAUAACAUUUUCAUGCAGAGAGUUUUCUGAAGCAGAAAAUAACCCUGAUGAUGUCAUCAGAUUGGGCUUGGAGACUACAAAUUUGUAACAGAAGGCCUGUGUUACAAGCUUUAAUUAUGGAGGCUGAAAGACAUGGGCAUUUGUCAGGUGGGGAGGUGCUAAGAUGCUAUCGAGCUGCAUUAGGAUCCAGCAUUUUUGGACCUUGACCCUGCUAGGGACAGAAAGUCCGAAUAUCCCAGCUUCUGCUGCUUUGAUUUUGACAAACCUUUUUUUAAUGUCUCUCGGAAGUUUUCCCAACUUUGAAAUCACUGGUUGUUGACAUACGGGGUUAGCAGCUCAGCACUAUGACUAGGUGCAAGUGUCAUUAGAGCUUUAGAAGUUAUCAAAUACAUUUUAAAAUCAAUUCUAAAAGCAAUUGAAAGUCAUUGUAGGGACAAGGAUUGGUAAAAUGUCUGAAUUUUUAACUGUGAUGCUAAAAGCCUAACAGGAACCUUUACAGUGGCAAUUAAUGGCAGAUUUUGUGUGUUCGUCCAUGUAUUGUGUUGAGUUUUAAAUAUCCAAAGUGGGCUACGACCCCAAUAAGUUCAGUCAGUACUGAACCAAACAAUAUAAAUAUAAUAUAAAUGUUGUGCUUUAACUCUUCCAUCUCUCCCAGUUCAUUUCUGUGGAUCAACAGUUCUUUUGAAAUCUGAGCUGUCGAGGCGGUGCUUCUAAAUCCCACUGCUGUAGAUUCCUCCCGUUGUUGUUUCAGAGGCACACACCAAAUCCCCCACUGCUCUGUCACAGCAGUUGAUGGGAUAUUUGGUGUUAAUAUAAGACUAAACAAGCUAACUGAUUGCUACACAGCCAUGUGUUUUGUUGAGCCCAUCUCAAGUGGACUCCCUCAUGAAAUCAUGGCAAUCAACAAGAUGGUUGUCAUGGCGAUGGGGCUGCAACAGGUUCUUGUGGGCUCCCUUGUCUUUUCUAUCAGCAGGACACAAGACCUCCGGUGGGUGCCAGACCAGGAGAGCACCGCAGGAACUGGAGAUUGUCCGUAUUAUUAUUAUUAUUUUAUGUUUUGCUUAUAUUUCACAGAGAAUGUCUUCUAAGAAAUGAAUCCAGACCUGCACAGCCUGACCGAAAUGCACACGGAACAGGACACAAACAAUGGGUAGCUCCAUCCCUCUGCUGGCCAGUGUGGUGUCCAUCCUGGGCGGCGUGGUCUUUGGUUAUGAGUUGGGCAUCAUCUCAGGUGCUUUGCUGCAGCUCAAGGCAGAGUUCAGACUCUCAUGUGUCCAGCAGGAGGCUCUGGUCAGCUCUUUGUUAAUAGGAGCUCUGCUGGCCUCCAUCGUGGGCGGCUGCUUGAUUGACUACCACGGCCGCAGGAACUCCAUCCUCCUCAGCAAUGUCCUGAUCCUGGCCGGCAGCCUGGUCCUGCUCAUCAGCUCCUACUCUGCACUGAUGGUGGGCAGGAUCACAGUAGGCUUCGCCAUGUGUAUAUCCUCCAUGUCCUGCUGCAUCUUUGUGUCCGAGAUGGUUACGCCCGACCGCAGGGGCUUCCUGGUAACACUGUACGAAGCUGGGAUCACUGUGGGCAUCCUGACAGCUUAUGCCAUGAACUACGUCCUGUCUGACUCUAAAAGGGGGUGGAAGUGGAUGUUUGGAUUAGCCAUUGUACCGACUUUGAUUCAGCUGGUCUCCAUCUGGUUUGUUCCAUCCAGCACUAAGGAAUCUUUACGCAAUAGACAUUGCUUUCAAACUGAAAGAGACCUCAUGAGCACCAUCGAAAACCAAGAAGCUGAUGACUCAGAAGUUAGCUCCAGCUUGGAAAACAAGAAGGUUCAGUACAACAGCAUGUACCUUUUCCAGCGUAAAGACAACAUGAGGACUCGGACUGUUAUUGGCCUCGGACUGGUGCUCUUUCAGCAGUUCACAGGCCAGCCGAAUGUUCUCUUCUACGCCUCCACCAUCUUCCACGCGGUGGGGUUUCAGAGCAAUGCCUCGGCAGUGCUGGCGUCUGUGGGCUUGGGGUUAGUCAAAGUGAUUGCUACUCUGACCUCCAUGGUGUUUUCAGACAGGGUGGGCAGGAGGCCUCUGCUCAUCAGUGGAUGCUCUGUUAUGGCACUGGGUCUGAUAACCAUUGGACUCCUCAGUGGACAUUCGUUGAUGAAUGCUAAGAGGCCUUGUAAUGCUGAGGACUUCAACGUUAACAGAACAGAUCUACCUCAUUUCACUGUUGGUAAUCGGUCCGCUUUUGACACGCCUUUUGAUGAGAGCCAAAGACUCCUUAAUAACAACGCACAAGAUGAAGAUGUCGUACUUGAUAAAGUUAGACAGAAACCACCGAACACUCCUCUGGCAUCUUCUCCUAGCGUCCAUGGCACAGUUGUGAACUGGAUCAUUCUGGUGUGCAUGAUGGCUGUUGUCAGCGCAUACUCUGUUGGAUUUGGACCAAUGACCUGGCUUCUCCUGACUGAAAUAUUUCCAGCUGCUAUCAGAGGAAGGGCAUUCGCAUUCACCAACUGCUUCAACUGGGCUGCCAACCUGUUGGUCACAUUCACUUUCUUGAAUUUUAUUGAUGCAAUUGGUCUGUCGGGGACGUUUCUUCUGUAUGGGAUGAGCGCUGUGGCAGCUGGAGUUUUCUUUUACUUCAUGCUACCAGAGACCAAAGGGAAGACUCUGGGGGAGAUCGACAAGGAGCUGUGUUUUAACAGGUUUUACCACAGUAAGGAAUGCUGUGGCAUCAUCAGCCGGAGGAACACUUCCCCACAGUACCAGAGAGUGCACUAUCAAGUUACCACCUCAGGGUGAUUCAUUUGAUAUUACCAUAACUACAGUCAUCACUUAAGUGUUUUGGCACACUAUACACACAGAAGAAUUUACUAAAAGAACAAAAUCAUUCCCAUAAAAAUCACGAUAGUUGAAGACUGACAGUAGACUUUACUCUGUUGCACUGGAUAUUGAAAUAUGUGGUACCUGUGUGAAACAUGUUGAAGUGUUUUUCUGUGUGAUCAUUCAGUCAUACCAGCUAUCAAACAGGCACUCUUUUUGGCAUUCCAACAUUUUUACACUGUAGACCUUCUUGUUACAACUUUACCAGUUACUAUAGUUUCACAAAGCUAUUGUAAAAGGACAUUUUUGCUUACAAGUAUUUUGGUUUACACAAUUAUCUGUGGAUUUGUUUACCACCUGUCUGAUCAUUUGACCACUCUAGUGUGUGUUCCCUUCUCCAAACCUUUCUCAGGUGACAUUUUGGGGGACUUUACUGCCACAAACUGUAUACCGCUGUGCAUGUUUGCAUUUUAAAGUGGUACUGUUAUGGUUCUCCAAACAUAAUGGUAACAUUUACAGUCUUUCAUAUUCACGUCAUGUAGCAAUCUUGAAGUGGUCCAUGUCAUAGUCAUUUUGGAAGGGAUAACUUCACAGCCAGCAUGGACAGGAGGAAUAAUUACAGCAACCACUAACUCUCAGUAUACAUUUGGCAUUAGAAAUAAUGUAUUAAGAGACUUUGAAAAACUUGGAACUUACCCUUUAAAAUGUAGCAUUACCAUUUUAAAAAUCUAUAAUUUGCACUUGGUAACCUGGAUGCAAUGUGAUUUGUGUAUGUGAGAAGAGUGGUCUCUAUGAACAUGACAGACAAAUCAGUCAGAUGUACCUGAUAAAUAAAACACGUGUUUAUUUACACAAAUAUUCUCAAAUACUAGUCUUCUACAUAACAUAAAAAUAUAUACAGUGAUGUAGGGACUCAAACUGCUCCGUUCUCAGGUCAAUGUAUACAUGUUCUGAUUUAUUUGCAUUUUCAGGUUUUGAAAAUGAAAAAAACAAAAAAAAAAGAUGCAUAUGUACAGCAGGGUCUAAAACUUACACUUUCAAACUCUGGCACUAAAA